AUGCUGGAUUCGACUGCCACCGUUCCUCUCACAGCGACACGCAGGACGCUGUGGUCCCAAAGCAUCACGAAAGCAUAUAGGUUCUUCCAGAUUAUCGGUGCUCCGGCACUUUCCAGCGGCUUCGAGUGUGAGUUUUGGGGGCAGCUCGUCCUGCAACUUGCCAACGCCGACGACGCCAUCUUUCACGCGACCGUUGCUCUGGGGCUUUUGCUCGAGGACAUGCACAACUGGCCGAUCUCAUGGCCGGUGCCUCGCCAAGCCCCGCCAACCGAACGGACGGCAAACGCGCUACGGCACUACCAGACGGCACUGCAGCAGCUGGUCGUCCCCGUUGUCGGAAAGGAGUCGGCAAAUGUCAUCUCACUCGCGUCUGCUGUGGUCUUCGCAUGUAUUGAGACACUAUGCGGCAACGCUCGUAAUGCUACGAACUUGAUCUUCUCUGGGAUCGGCAUCUUGACGCAGCUUGAAGCCUGCAUCUCAUCCCUUGCAAAUUUAGAAAGUUUUGCACCAAUUUUGUCUGUCUUUGUACGGCUGGACUCUUACACGAGAGAGGUUUGCAACGCAAGAAUCCCCGUCUCGGCAGGAAAGUCUCUGACAACUGCCCAGCUUCUUCAAACCGAGCAUUACGUACGACCCAAGCCGCCUGUUUUCAGACAUGUAAGACCAUGUCUGCCGGUAUUCGGCAAUCUCAGAGAAGCAAACAGACAACUCGAGAAUUUGGAAAACCUCUGCCUAUUCAUGGUAGAACAACAAGAGAAGCCACGGGAGGUCCAUAGUAUGCCGACUCGGACUUCCUGCCAAAGCAUGUAUCAGGAUUGGCUAAAAGCCUUCAAUGCCAGCCCCAUCUCCACAAACGACGAGAAUUCUCAUGCACUCCUUCACAUCAGGCGAUUGGACGUCUAUCUAACCCUUCAUGGCCCGGAAGAUACUUGCCCUCAGUCUGGCUGGGAUUACUUCCUCCCAGAGUUCACCGAGAUGCUCACAUAUGCCGCCUCAGCAGUGGCUGCAUCGAAUAAGAGCGCCUCCCGUGGGCAGCACAUGUCUUUCGUCCUAGGUGGCGGCUUCAUCAUGCCCCUAAGCAGACUUGCUCUGCGAUGUCGGCACCCGAGCACAAGAAGAGCCGCAAUACACAUCCUACGCGGUGCCCGUCGUCGAGAUGGCCAACUGGAAGGGAUGCUUGCUGCACGGGUCCUAGAGCGCAUCGUGGAUGUUGAAGAAGAUGGGUUAGGUGAGAUUACCGAGUCCCGUGAUGUUCCCGAGGCAGCUCGGGUUGCCGGCGUGUUGGUCAAGUUUUUGAGCGGAAAGGGGAGGGCGAAACUGACGUAUUCUCGUGCUGCUGGCCCGAACGGCGUGCGGGCAUUGGUUGAAGAGGAGCUUUCGGGAGGGUCACAUUUCAAGGGGGAUUAA